CACUAAAACUUUUACUGAAAAACUUAAAGAACAUUAAAACGUAUUCACAUUAAAUGAAAUUAUUGUGUUAUAAAAGUAAGUUUUAAAGAUUUACUUUGUUUCACUUAAAAUUUAAAGUGUGUAGAUUCUGUCGAUGGUUACAUUCACACACGGAUACAAAACGUUUUUAUUGCGGUUAUGUUUACUACAAGCCGAAGCACGACAAAACAACGUUUCAUCACUUAAAUUUAUUUAAAAAGAUUCACUUCAAGUUUGAAUAAUGGCAAAGCAUCAUCCAGAUUUGAUCUUCUGCAGGAAGCAACCCGGAGUAGCUAUUGGUCGAUUAUGCGAGAAAUGCGACGGCAAAUGCGUGAUUUGUGACUCAUACGUGCGUCCCUGCACAUUAGUACGUAUUUGCGACGAAUGCAAUUACGGCUCUUAUCAAGGACGUUGCGUAAUUUGUGGCGGCCCAGGUGUAUCUGAUGCGUACUAUUGCAAAGAGUGCACCAUACAAGAGAAAGACAGAGAUGGUUGUCCCAAAAUCGUAAACUUAGGAAGCUCCAAAACAGAUUUGUUCUAUGAACGCAAAAAGUACGGGUUUAAGCGACGAUAGGCUAAUUCUUUUUAUAGAUUUUGUACUUUAAACAUUAUGUGAAUUUAAUUUAUAAGUAAUUGCAACAAGAAAUAAAUGCCUGCAAUAAAUCACUUCAA